AAUUUCAAAUUCAAAAGAAUAUUUUCCAUAUAAAAAAAAUCAAAGUAACUUUUACUUAAAAUGGUGAAAUCUACGCUUUCAUUGCCCGUUCAAAAUUUAAUAAAAUUAAUAUUUGACAUUAAAAUGCUGAAAGAGAUUAUGAAAAAUUACGAACUGGAUAGCAAAAAUAAAAAACUUUUUGAUAAAAAAUUAAAUAAAUAUCGUGGCCAUAAGCAAUUUUACGCAUUUCACUACAAACAUCGCUCGUCAUUGCACCUCACCAAUGAAGAAAUUUUUAACGUAAUGUACGAAAUGAUCCAAGAGUUAUUUGACUCAAGUACUGAUAAAUGCAACUUUGUGCAUAGAAUGUACAGUCAAACUGAAAAUUUACUAGACAUUUGUUACAAUAAAUUACACUCAGCUAUCGAAGCCAUCAGCGUCAAUACUGACAUAUUUAAAAUAAUUAUCAGCUAUAUCAAAAAUUCUCAUUCGCGAUUCCACGAUCACUAUACUAUCAAAGUGAACAAUAUAUUUUCUGUACAAAAACAAGAUGACGAUAACAAACACCUGAAAAAUUAUGAUAAUAAAAUAUUACUUUGGUAUGGAACCGAAGUUCAUAAUAUCGCAGCCAUUUUGUCUAAAGGCUGGAAUAACUCAGGAUCAAAUGGCCGCAGUUCUGAUUUAGAUAACGGGAUUAAAUUCACAAAUAUUGUGUCCAAGGCUGCUAACAAUUGCGGUACUUAUGGUAAAAAUAAAAAUGGUAUCUUGUUAUUGUGUGAAGUUGCCCUAGGCAAUGUAAUGGAAUGCCACCAAACUGAUAACGAUAACCGGAAAUUGAUUGUUGGUAAAAAUUCAAUUUUAAGAAGAGGAUUUUUAUCGCCGGAUAAUAAUAUUGUUGAAAAAAUAGACCGUGAUGUUAAAGUUCCUUGUGGGCCGCUUGUUGAAAAUUUUAAUAGGACAGAUUUACGUCAUGAUGAAUUUUUUGUUUAUAAUUUUGAUCGAAUUAAAAUUCGCUAUAUUGUAACGGUUAAAUUCGAAUACUGCACGCGGUAA